UUCCCUGUGACGAGGGAUCAAUUGUUAAACCGCUUUUGACAAUCGUGGCUCUGUGAGGGGAACAGGCCUUUCCUAACAACUCUCAGCACCCUUUAGAAAACUACAGAUCCCAGUAAACUGCCCUCAAAAUGGCUAGACAGCUUUGCCGUGGCUAGGUGAUUCCUGGCACUCCUGCCCGCCUGGCUGCUGUGUGCUGACCCUCGCCUCUGCAUGGAGCCUGUUUGCUGAGGAGCAACUUGGAUCUCCCCAGCAGGACUAGAUCCCUUUUAAGCGUGUUUGGAAGCCCCUCCCCAUGGGCGGGGCAUUGACCUCUUCCGCCAAAGAGAAUGCGGCCUGUUACAUGCUGACAACCUGAUUUGCUGACGCACCUGGGGAAGCAGGAUUGGUGUUGCUUUGUCUUUUCCAGUUGGGUAGGAUCCAGAUUCCCCCGUGGUCCUUUGGGUGCCUGGGCCAGCGCGAGGGGAGAGGUCUGUGGGCGCCUGGAGGCAAUGCAGUCAGACGACCUCUUCAUCCGCAAGACCCGAAGCCACUGGAACCGACCGCCUCUCACGUCCCUCUCUUUCGACACCUUCCGGGCCCCCAAGCCCCAGGCGGCUGAGGGCCCCCUUGCGGGGCAGUGCGGCCCUCCAUUGAGGUCCCCGAGGCGUAGCUACCUCAUGCAUCGCAGCAACAGUGACAUGACACUCAGCGAAGGGGAGCUGGCCCCUGCCCCUGCCACCCCCGGCUCUCCCUUGCCCGCUGUGCCACCUGCCGCUGGAGUUGGCCUUCACCGCAUCAGCAGCAGCAGCCCCAACACAUCCACAAAGUGCCCCGCACCCCCUCGGGCCCGGGCACACAGCCACGAAGAGCCACGGGCCGGCAGCCCCACAGCACGGCGCUUCCGUGACCCCCUGCUUCUGCUGGGACUGGCGGCCAACGAAGUGUGGGAGACCGAGGUGGACGGUGCGCCGGCUGGGGACCCUGUGCCUUCUGAGGCACCCGUGCCAGUGUGGGGUCGCCACUUGGCCCACUACGACGUCCAGAGCAUCCUCUUCGAGCCGGGCGAGGCCACCCGAGAGGCGGAGAAGCCUGGCAAUGUCACCACCGGGGCAUCGGCUGCAUCAGAACAGGAAUGCUGCCAAGUGAACCCAGCGCCCCCCUUUGAGGGAGAGAGGAGCGAGGACAAGGACGGGCCCCUGGUGCUCAGCUGCCCCAACUUCCGCAUGGAGGCUGGGGGCGAGGCCGAGUGGGGGAUCGGCCAGCAUCGGGGCUCCCUUGCGGGGUUUCACUGCCCCAACAUGGCGGUCUCUGUGCUGGAGGAGCCCCGGGAGAGCUACGGGCAGAGGACCAGCCGGACAAGCCAUGCCAUUGAGUACGCCGACCUCGGAGCCUGCUAUUAUCGGAAGCAUUUCUACGGCAAGGAGCACCAGAAUUACUUCGGGGUGGAUGAUAAGCUGGGCUCUGUGGCUGUGUCACUACGGCGUGAGGAGAAAGAGGGCAGCGCUGGACCCCAGUACAAUUACCGCCUUAUAAUCCGCACAAGUCAGCUCCGGACUCUGCGGGGAUCUAUUCUGGAGGAUGCUCUUCCCCUUUCGGCCCGCCACACUGCCCCACGGGGCAUCCCUCCCAAGAAGUUGCUGGAACACGUCAUGCCAGAGCUCAACCUGCAGUGUCUCCGCCUGGCCUCUAGUUCCCCAAAGGUCCCAGAGACCUUGCUCAAGUUGGAUGAACAAGGGCUCAGCUUCCAGCGGAAAGUCGGGGUGCUGUACUGCCGGGCAGGGCAGGGCUCCGAGGAAGACAUGUACAACAACGAGGAAGCAGGGCCAACUUUCCAGGAAUUCCUGGACCUCUUGGGUGAGCGCAUCCGGCUGCUCGGCUUUGGCAAGUACCGUGCCCAGCUAGACAACAAGAAUGAUUCCACGGGGACCCACUCGCUCUAUACCACGUAUCAGGACUAUGAGAUCAUGUUCCAUGUCUCUACCAUGCUACCCUACACCCCUAACAACCGCCAGCAGCUGCUGAGGAAGCGGCACAUUGGGAAUGACAUUGUGACCAUCGUCUUCCAGGAGCCUGGAGCGCUCCCCUUCACGCCAAAGGUGUUCCGCUCACACUUUCAGCAUGUGUUCAUUGUGGUGAGGGCACAUGAAUCUUGCACAGAGCACACUACUUACAGCGUGGCUGUCAGCUGCACCAAGGACAUCCCACGCUUUGGUCCCUUCAUCCCGGCUGAGAACUCCUUUGCCAAGGGCCCAGCUUUCCGAGACCUCCUGCUCGCCAAGGCGAUCAAUGCAGAAAAUGCGGCCGAGCGCUCAGGGAAGUUCCACGCCAUGGCAACGCGCACCCGCCAGGAGUACUUGCGAGAUCUGGCCCUCAACCACGCCACCACCAGCACAUUGGAGGCCUCCUCGUCGCGCUUGGCCCUCAUCGCUUUGGCUGCAAAGAAGCGCGAGAAGUCCAAGGCGCCAAAGGGGGCAGAGGCACACAGUGCGGGGGCUUUGGUGUGGGGCGUGUGGGCACGGGAUGGCAGUAGAGGACCCGAGAGCAAGACUCCUGAGCUGCGGUGCCUGCUGGGCAUCUCGGCUGAAUUUCUAGUCCUUAUUGAUGCCCGUGAGAAGAGGGUGGUUUUUAACUGUUCCUGCCGGGACAUCCUGGCUUGGACCUUCUCUGAAAGCUGCACUUUGGACCUCUACUAUGAGACAGGGGAUUACAUUUGCAUGCGUGUGGAUGAGGGUCAGGCCUCCGAUAUCCGUGACAUUGUCCACCGGCUGCAGCUGGUGACUCGGGGUUGCGAGACACGGGAGCUGACCCUCUUGCGGAACGGGGUUGGCCAGCUGGGCUUCCAGAUGGACCCCGAGGGCUUCGUGACGGAGGUGGAGCGCUUCACCUUUGCUGAGACGGCUGGUCUCCAGCCUGGGGCCCGCCUGGUCCGUGUCUGCGAGAGACCCUUGCCCAGCCUCAGCCAUGCCCAGACCUCUGAGCUUCUGCGCACUGCCAAGAAGGUCACCAUUACUGUCGUACCCCCAGAUGAGAAUGGAAAGGCCCGGAGAAGUUUCUCAGAGCUGUACCUAAAGUCUCUACAAGAGAAGAGGAGGAGUGAGCCACCAGCCAGCGAUGUGGAGUUGACCAGGCCGGGGAGUGAAGCAGGGUUCAAACCUGCCACGCUCCAGCUGCUCCACUCGCUGUCCCUGCCAGACGGGGGGCCCCCUCACAGCCUGGCAGAGGAGAGGACUGAGUUUCUGCGGAGCCAUAGUGACCGAACGCCCAAGCCUCCAGACCCGGUGCCACCUCAGGACAUCCCUGCCCUGCCAAAUCCCCCUCCGGAUCUCAUCCUGGCUGCCACACCCAAGCCCUCUUCAGAGCAGGACGCAGACCAUCCUGGAGAUCCCAUUGUAAACAAGAAAGAAUCCAUUGUGGGCCAGGUAGCCAAAGGCCCCGAAUCUCUGCCUCCCGAGGAAAAGACCUCUCCACACUUGGAAUCCAGAGAAACAGAUAAGUUCCUGCCGCGGACACUUUCCCUGCGGAACUCCAUCACCAAAAUCCUCUCUGAAGCUGGAGAGUCCCUGGAGGAUGAGUGGGAGUCCAUUGCCAACUUGGCUUCUGCUUGCAACAGCAUCUUGGAGGCCCUUUCCAGGGAAGGGCAGCAUGUGCUGGAGAGCAGGGAAUCCCUGUGCACCACCGUCCAGAGGGGCACGAGUCAGCAGCAACCCAAUGAGGAGUCCCAGUUUCCUCUCAGCCUUGCUGAUAAGGUCCUGCAUUUGGAAUCGACACUCAAGAAACUGCAGGAAGAUCUUCAGAAGGAGAAGGCUGAAAAGGCAGCGUUGCAAGCGGAAGUGCAGACCCUUCAAGAGAACACCCAGCGCUUGAAGGAAGCAUCAGAGACGGCAGCAGCUCAGCUCAGCCAGGUCACACAGAUGCUAGGCGGCCCCCCAACGCCUCCCCACUGCCCUUGAGGCCCUCUGACCUCACUCACACCUUUGGGGGCCUAGGAGGGGGUAGCUGGUGCUCUCUCUCUCUCUCACUUGUUACUUGGAGCACAACAGAGACUUUUGACAGGCUGUUCCAUUACAACGUGCUCCGUGCCCCCCCCCCACUUAAGCCCUCCCUCCGCUAGCCUUUGAUGUGGCUAGUGCUACAGCUCUCACCACUGGUCGGGGGGUGUUGUAUAUUCCCAGAAUGGGGGGUGGUUGGGUGGAAGCUGAGGUUUGGGGGCCCAAAGGACACAGGGCUCAACUGGCCGCCUUGGGUGAGGUGGAACUCUUUGGGCCCCUGUUAGCGAACAGGUUGCACCUAUCGACCAAGGCUUGCCACCCAGUUCCUUUCAGGGGCUACUGCCCCACCCCCUUCCCCAAUUAAUUUGUGCACCAGCCUGUAACCUUAGUUUGGAGCCAUACAAGCCUCCUCUCCGGGGUGGGGUUAGGGGUGGGAAUGGUUGUCUUGUUGAGCAUCUUUUUAAAAAAAUUUUUAAACCGAAUUACGAUUUUGGACCCUGGACUUUUCUUGCCACCAGCCCCCAUGGAAAUGCCACCCUUGUGGUUCCAUUGGACAAAAUAAAAUAAAAUAAAUUCACCAGGCAAUAACUGCAGAUCGCCUUUGAGGAAGGGGAGAGUGUGAUAUGCCCAGGUUAACAAUUUGCCCUGGGCAGAGGUGUGUACAGUGGUGGUGCUGGAGCGAGAAGGAUUGAGCAAACCUUCCCUCGCUGCCUCCAUUCCCUCCCUCCCUCCUCCUCCCCCCCAACCCAUCCCAGCACUGAUUUGGGACUGCACAGGGGGCUUCCUGCCUGAUGGAGGCCUUGGCCCGCAUGCCCGUUAACUGUGAAGUUUUUGAAAGCUGUGACACAAGCCCUGCUCCCUCCUUGCCCUGUGUGGUCCUCAUUUCCACCUCUUCUUGUAACCCAUCACAGAUUCUUCCUAGGUGGGGGCAAGACAAUCCAGCUUGCUGUUUUAUCUCACCGCCUCCAGUGGUGCUACCCAUUGCUCCCCCCUCUUCCAAUUCUGCCAGGGGUAGCCAACGUGACGCCCUCUAGUUGGGGCGGACUCACACCUUCCCUGACUAUUGGCCAUGCUGACUCAGGCUGGUUGGAGCUGAGAGCCCCAGCAAGAUCCAGAGGGCAGCUUGUUGGCUAUCCUGAUCUUGGCCCGCCCCACCUUGAGAAGCAAGAGGAGGUGGGGCACCCUUCUCCCCCUGUGCCGUUUUGUGUCUGUGUGUCCUGUACAUAUUUUUCCUUCCUUCCUCCUUGGACCAAGGUUAAGAGAGGCGAGGGGAGGUGGGGAAUCUUGUUGUCCGUCUGUCUACCCCACCCCAGCCUCCUGCCUGGAUUUGAACUGAAUGUACAGACUAGCCGUGGCCCUCCUUGUGCAAUAAAGUCUUUGGUCUGCAGCCACA